AUAUUUAAGACAAAUGCAAUGUUUAUUUUUUAUUGAACGUAUUUAUUUUUAUUUAUUAUCUUCUGGUUGUUUUUGUCAAUCCCCAUCAACUGGAUUUUUCCUUGGGAACUUGAACGCCCCAUCAUCAGCCGUUAGUUUUCUGCCAGUCAACGGUUUUUAACGUUUUUACAUUUCAAAAGGGACAAACUCAGGUAAGCUAGGUGUAUCAAAGGUACAGGUGAGGGUCUCGGCUUCUUGUAUUGUGAUGGAUCCGUGUGAGGAAGACAGUGUGGUCCUCCAGCCCAGUGAGGAACAUCAAGAGGACGGCUCAGUCCCUCCCACAGGAAGCCAGGAUCAGGUGGAGUCCACCCAGGGCCAAGAGGAGGACAGUGGGGCUGAGUGGGACACAGAUCUGGAAACAGAUAGUGGCACCAAUCAGACACAGAGCUUGUCUGAUGCAGAGCUGUACCUGCAGGCCUGUGAGCGGGUAGGGACCGUUCCUGUUUCCCUCAUCCUCCAUCACUUGGGUGAAGCCAAUCUCAACCUGAACCACUAUGGUUUGGGACCUCUGGGGGCCAAGGCUCUGGCCAUAGUUCUGCAAAAUAACAAUCAUGUCACCAACCUUGAGCUGGAGGACAACGCACUUCAGAUAGAGGGGAUACGUUAUCUGAUGGAGAUGCUUCAAACAAACAUCAGCAUUCAGAGUCUAAAUCUUUCCAACAAUCAUCUGCACCUUGAAGGAGCCGACAUCAUCUCCAAAAUGCUGUUGGACAAUUAUUACAUCAAAUCCAUCAAACUCUCAGGAAAUGACUUUGAUGAUUCUGCUGUUAAAUACUUUGCUGAUGCUUUAAAGGGUGACUAUGUGGUUAAAGAGUUGGACCUCAGUCACAACAAGUUCUGUGAUGCAGGAGGAGUACACCUGGGUCAUAUGUUAGCUUCAAAUGUAGGUAUUGAGGUCCUAAAUCUGAGCUGGAAUCACCUUUCUAGGAGUGGUGCAGUGGCUGUGUGUGCAGGGCUGAAGGUUAACUCGACUCUGAAGCAGCUCCAGCUGUCGUGGAACGGUUUCAGCCACAUGGAGUCAGAGUCACUGGGUCAAGCACUGAGGCAAAAUAGCACACUUGUGGUGCUGGAUCUGAGGAGCAACCGUAUAGACAAUCAGGCUGUGACACUGCUCUGCCACGGUCUGGCCACCAAUGACACCCUCAGAGUCCUCAAGCUCGCCAAUAACCCCCUGACAAAUAUUGGAGCUCUGACGCUGCUCAAGACAGUUACACACAACACACAAUCAGCAGUGGAAGAGAUCGAUAUCUCUACAGUGUUUGUGUGUGAGGCCUUUAUGGAGCUGCUGGAAGAAGCCCGUCAGAGGCGUCCUGCUCUGGAUGUCCGAUACAGCGUCAUGAGCUCCGUCACCAGGAACUUAUCUGCCUUCCACAUCUUUCAGAAAUUCCUUGAAGAGCGAAAUGAGAGUAUCCUGGAUUUCUUUCAGGCUUUGGAUAAAGAAGGAACGUUGCAGGUCUCCACCCAUGACUUUAGAAAGGCUGUAAAGGAAGCUAAAAUACGGCUGGAUCAGCAACAGCUUGAGUGGUUGAUCGGGAAGUUUGACAAGAACUGCACAGCCACCAUAAACUACAGAACAAGAGCAGGAAGAAAAAGAGAGCUGGCAUCCAUAUCAAAGGACGGAGAGGAGAGAAAGAAUAGGGCCAGAUGCAGAGGUAGUUGUUUUAGCACACUGGUUUGCUUUGAAUGAAAUGGCCUGUGGAGAAUUAUGAAUAUGCAUGCAUAGCAUUACUUAUGCAAGCUCUGCAGAGUAGGAUUAUUAAGGCUGUGCUCAUGAAUUGUCUCAAGGUGUGAUAUCCAACAGAGCAAUCUGUUUCUGUCCGGUGGCUCCGGUUCUGACCACAAAGGAGACAAUAAUACGACACACCGUCUCACCUGCAUCUCUUCUUUGUUUCUUGUGUAAACGGAUUGACACGGUUAUAUCGUGGGUCAUCAGGACACGCAAUAAGCUGACAUCACAUGUCAGGUAUAAGCAUUUAGGAGCUUCAUAUCACCAGUAGGUCUGUAAAGAGACUUAAGAAGACUUACUAGGUACAGGUGUUGCUGCUGUGUGGAAGCAUACAGUGUUUGACUCCACACAUGUUGGUGUUUGUUGUGAAACAGUUUGUUUCAAGUAGAAAUGGAUCAAUAUGCAGCAAAAAGAGCUCCUUAUCUGUAAAAUAACUUAAAUUUCUUUGUUAAUGAUUCACAAGGGCAUGUGUCAAAAAAACACCCCCAGUAGCAGCAAAACAGCUUCUUUCAUGCUCUUCAUCACUGUCACUGUUCCCCUCUUCUUGGAUCCUCCAAGUAGUCUUCUUCAACAUGGUGGUUGACUUCCAUGUCAGCAACAGCGUCUUCAUAUUGAUCUUCAUUAUUGUCAAUACUGUCAAUAUCUCAGUCUGAAGAGCUGUGAUGUUCUUUGAAGUCACUGGAUGCAAACUCUUUGUUUCUUUUGAGUCUCUUGGUGCAACUCUUUUCGUCUUCGUCAUCUUCCUCCCUGGUCCUCUUAGUGCAUUUUCCAGGCAGUAGGUCCCCCUUCCACAUGCUGAUUUAAUGUCCAUGUUAACCUCGGCAAGGGCAGCAGUAACCUGGUCAUCACUGUCUUCAAUAUGGUUACUGUUGUACUCGUCAUUGUGGUCAAAGCCAUUUGUUUCCUCCUCGUCAUCCAAAAUUUGUCUCAGAGGGACGACAGUGUCCUCCAGUCUGACAUAAGUCAUCUGACAAUUAUGUCACCAUUACCAUUUAUAAAAGUGAAAAUGACUGUAUUCUCAGUUUUUCUAUGAAGGCUUUUACAAAGACACGUCUUGCUUUAUUAAAAUAAUGGACCAUGUUCUUAUUCUGAGGUUCACCAAUGUGUUCAAAAUAGCAAAAUGUGCAGAAUUGGCCAGACGGACAUAAACCUUGUAGGUCUGUUCAUGUUUUUAUUUCAGUAUCUGUUUAGACAACCAAGAUUGAUUGUUUGCUGGAAUACUAUUGGGAUUUUAACACUUAGCCAACAUAAUUCAUUUGAUUCCAUAAAUGCAGUCACAUUUAUGCUUGUGUGUAACAAGACAACAUUAUGUAAUACACCAAAAACCACAAGUGCAAUGCAUUUGACACAGUGUGUUCAGAUGUUUGGCAAAAAGAUAAGUAUUUAAAAGCCUUUUCAUACUCAGACUUUCUAGGGUGUACUCAACAAUCUUAAAGUAAAAGUGUGAAACAAAAAAUAUCAAUGUUAAGUUUAGGCUGUUAAUAUUGAUCACCCUAAACUCAAAACACUCUUUUUUUCAGUUGGACUAAAAUAUAAUUCUUUAUAUAAUGAUAUUGAUGUAAUUAGCUUAUUUAAAAGAUAGAAAAAAUAACAGAAUAAUUUAGGUAAAUUAUCCCUCUGAUGUUGCUUAAUGAAAACAAACAGCUAGCUGCCAAUGUCUAAUGGGCCAUCUUUCAUGUGAAUCAACACAAAGACUUAAAACCCACAUCUUAUUGUGCCAUCCAAUUGGAAAUUCACAGAUUUGGCCAAAUUUUGAAGACUAAACAAAAAACCUGCCAACAAACCCUUCAGAUAUCUAUGCACCCACUGGCACACGCUGCCAAUUAGCAUGAUCUCGAAAGCGCUAAUGGAAUCUUGAGCAGUAAUAAAAGUAAAUAAUUAAAUUAAAGGAACCCUUGUAUCAUUGUUUGCUGUAUUCAGGUCCAUUAGGACCUCCAGUAUUCUCAUGGUAAUCUAAUGUUUGGGUUUUUUGUGCUCUCAUAAUGAAUUCUGUGUUUUUCCUCCAAACAGUGUUGUUCAGACAUUUGUGUAGGUGCUGGCAGAGAAACAAAGACGUACAUUAGGACCCAUUGUCCGCUGUGAUUAUUAAAGUAAACAGAAAUACUGAAGGGGUAUCAUACACAGCUGCACACACUUGAGCUUGUGUUUGUUAAGUGGGAGAAAGGGCCAAGCAACCCUCAAGACUUUGUCAGAGAUGAUCCCAUUAUUUGGAGCUUCUCAAGAGCAGAGCGGUAAGCUGGCUAAUGAGGCUUUGAAGAUCUGUCUUUGGCACAGAAUUCAUCUGCAGCGGAGAAUCCAAGAGCAAAAUAGAUUUGGCACAAGAUAAAAUGCUCCGGGCAAGAUCUGCCAUGAAGACGUUCGCUGCCUGAGCCUCGUGUUUUUAUUUUGCUGUCGUCAUAUUUGUAAGAUAUUCUCAAAAAGACAACAGUCAACAGUUUCUCCGAUGCAGUGUACGGUUGGCAUUACAUAAACCAUCAUCAGUGUGGUCAAUACUUGUCAGAUACUCGAUUGUUUGGUCUAUACAACUACAGAGAAUAGUUAUGAAAUGCCUGUCACAAGUUUCCAGAGAACAAUAUUACAUCUUCAAAUGUGUUUUGUCUGAACAGUUGCUCAAAAUCAAGAGAUUCAAUUUACUAUCAUACAAGACAAAGUCAAGUGGGAAAUUUUAACAUUUGAGAGUUUGGAACCAGCAAAGUUUGGCAUAUGUGCUUGAAACUUUACUUUAUGACUUUAUGAUAAUGAUAUUUGCCAGAAUAAUUAGUUGAUCAAUGGAAGAUUAUUCACCUUCUUGUUUAAGCUCUAGACCAUAAUUGGUGGACUAAGGGAAAUACAGGAAAUAUAUAGUUUAUAAAGAAAAUAAGUGAGACAGGUUUCAGUACAUAAAACUCUUGAGAUGUUUAAUGUUUAAAAUAGCUUUGUUAAAUAGAUACAAGUAUUUUAUAUAUAGGAUAGCACAAAGAAAAUCUCUUCCAUCAUUUGCUGCCAAAUUGUGCGCUUUGAACAUUACCCCCAACAAUCUGCCCAUAAAGUGUACAAGUGUGUGUGUUGUGUAUGAAAGUAUAACAAAUAGUGUCUGGUCUUGUGUUUUGUACCUUUUCUAUUUAAGAACAGUAAAUUCAUGUCUGUUCCUCUAAAAGCUCCUUAGAGUUUGAUCAACAUUUUUGAGAUUUUGAUGGUCAAUGAAUCUGCAAACAACAGCAAAGCAGGUUUUAAACAAAACCAAAAAGACGACAGAACGUGGAUGAGUGUGCAAAGCAGAAAUAUAACUGAACCGACCUCCAAACACAAGUUCCUCAGACAGUCGACGUGGAUUUAAAGGCAUGGCAGUGGUAUACGUGGUUUCUUGGUCACUGAUUCUUUUUUCCAGAUUGUUGCUAGUAACUGUGACAAGCAGUAAACCAAUGAAUUCUUCCAAUCCUCUGUUAACAUUAAAACAUCUUGAACUAAUUUGGGAGAGCUCCGCUUGGCCCUGCUGUGGAAAAAGUGGCUCAGCAGCACCAACUAACGAGCAGGGGAGAAUGUCAUGCAGCCAACUGUUGCGUGGAAAAACCCUUUUGGUUCAUGACACAAGUGAGAAGGUUGCAGUGAAAGCUAAUUUUUGUCGUAAGAGGUGUAAAUUGCAUGUUGUAAAUGUGACUUGUCUCCUUACAAAAUUAAUUUGUCGCAAAACGAUUAUGAUUAACGAUUGAUGGCAAGCAAUCUUUUUGCUCUGUUGACUUAGCCAAAGCCCACAUAUAGCACUUUCCUUGGACUGAGGAUAUUUCAAGUAACUCCCUUCAGAUAAUACCACAUAUUUAAGCUCCACAAGUGUAAGAACACAACCUUAAUACCCCACGACAAUCUGAAU